CUUCACGUUUUUUUUUUCCCCCGCUUCAUUGCUUCAUUGUUGCCUAAAUCAACCUUUCAGCUUGAACCUCCUCCCUUUUUUAGAAUUGCACGCGCUCGUCGCAUUCAGAUCUACCUACGUGGCGUGUUCAAAGCGAGCCGAGUUCAACCCCCUUUCACUAUUUCACAAAAUGCUGGACACCCCCAAACGAACGCUGCCUCUGCACCCCGAUCACGAGGCCAGACUCGCCCGUCGCUCGUCGUCCGAGCUCAAUUCGCUGGCCAUUUUCGUGUCGGAGAGCCGAGCGCUGGACUCUCCUGCUCCUGGUGCUUUGAAUCCGGAUGACCUGGAUUGCUGCGAGCCGCUGGAACCUCUCGAAUCACUCGAACCUCUCGAGGCGCUCGAAUCAGAGUCUGAGCAGCCCGCUUCUGAAGUUGAGCAGGUCGAAGAAUGCCCACCAAAGCAAGCCGAGGACAACGACGACACUACUCUGCCUGAUUCAACCGAGUCUCAAUCGCAGGAAGAUGCUCUGCCUUCCGCCAAGCACACAAAAUCCGCCUCGCUGCGAUUGUCCGUCAUUCAUCUGCUCAAGGUCGCUACCAUCGGCACCAUUCUUUGCUGGCUACUAUUCACAACUGCGUUGCCAGCAACUCGAGCCGUUUGGUCCCAUUUCACUGCAUUGUCGAUUCUGGCUCUGGCGGUCGUCUUUGCCAGACCCAUCGCCAGCGUAGUCACCUUCUGCAAUCUGCUUGCGGGUCCGUCUGCCCAGGACUGCAAGCUGAAGCCACAGUUGCGCCUCAACCUCCACGUGACGAAAACAAGCCUUCUGGACGAGGUCACCAUGAACGAGCUCUUCACGCUUGCCUUGAGCACGUUGGACACAAACCAAAGCUUGUCUCAGAGCCUGGACAUGUUCCGCAGCUAUGUCCUGUCGUUUGACUUUGUCAUCAUGUACCGCAGCAAGUUGGAUGGCAGCCUUCGCGGCAUGUUCCUCAUGGGCCAAGAGUCGACGCAUGCACGGCCCGACGGCAAGUCGGCGGCCGUGUUGAAAGUCGGCUUGGCGCUGUUUCGCGAGGGGUACCACGGCGGACCGUGGUUUCCACUGGCAGUGCUCUACAUUGUCCUGUUGACAAAGUUGUCGCGGCCAUUCACUCAAGUUUACAUCAUCAUGAAGUGCUUCUCCAUCCGGUCGUACUUGUUUGCCGUUCGCAACGCCCAAGAGUGCUACCCUCGGCACGAUAUGCCAACCCCUGCUUGGGAGAAGACUGUGAUGGAUGGGUUUGGUCGAGCCAUGACCUCGCCGUCCGAGCAGUACGAUGCCGUCCACGGCGUCAUUGAGCGCAAAAACUCUCAUCUGAAGAAAGGUAUUGCCGAAAUUUCCGAGAAGGACAAGCAAGACCCGCACAUCCGCUACUUUGAGGAGCAAAACCCGGACUGGCAGCAAGGGCACCAGCUCGUUGUCAUGGGUGCUGUCUCUGCUGGAUGCUUUUGCCGCGGCGUUCUCAGCGCAGCUCGCCGGUAUCUUGGGAAUUCUCGCUGGGAGCUGCGCGCCAAGUAGCCAUCUCGUCAUUCUAUCAUCAUGCCAUCAUCAUUCGUUAUCUUGUAAACCUACAUUUUUUAAAUCUUGUUUUAAAUCUUGUAUUACAUCAUGUUAAUACAAAAGUCGUUCAUUGGCUUCAGCGAGAUGGUACAACAACCGGAAAUUGAGCCAUCCAUCCCAGACGCCAACUCUA